AUGGCUUCCCAAAACCUUCUUUUUUCCACCGACCUCAUCUCCCCCGAAGUUCAAGGGGCAUUACCUCCCGGAUACAAACUACGUCCGUUAUCGAGUGACGACUAUGAGCGUGGCUUUUUGAAGGUUUUGUCGGUGUUAACUGUUAUUGGGGAUAUUUCUAAAGCAAAAUUCCUCGAGCGUUAUAAUUAUCUUAAGCGACACAAUCACGAGUAUUUCACUAUCGUGAUUACCGACCCAUCUGAUACAAUUGUUGGGGUGGGAACUAUUUUUGUCGAGCGAAAGUUUAUCCGCAACACUGGUCUGGUUGGUCACAUUGAGGAUAUUGCUGUUGACAAAAACCAGCAAGGAAAAAAGCUUGGCUUAAGGGUUAUUCAAGCGUUAAAAUAUAUAGGUGCAAAAACCGGUUGUUACAAAGUUAUUCUAGAUUGUUCCGAAAAGAAUGUGCCAUUCUAUGAAAAAUGCGGCUUUACACGUAAGGAAGUAGAGAUGGCAUGGUACACUGAUGAAACGCCCCAAGCCAAAUUAUAA